UCGAUAUUGCACUUAGUGAAGGUAGGUAAGGUUAGUAUCCUUUGCUCUCCACCUCUCUCUCCGUCCAAUCCACCCUACUUUGACAACCAACAUAAUCUGCAUUAACCUGUCGUUUUAAUGGUGUUUCAAGCUUUACCAUCAGAUCUUUGAGAGCUCUAUAUACAGUGUCUGAAGUAGAAUAUGCCAUGGAGGCCCUCAAUGCAGCAGGCUUAACACCAAUAUCAGUUCUCUGCGAAAGAAAACAAGAACCCAGAAAAUUCACAUCAUUCCCCUCGAUUUCUCCACUCAAAUUCUCAAAUUCUUCUGGUCAUAGUACCAAUCCACCAGCUAUACAACAGUGUUUAUCAAGGAGGCAAGGAGCUCUAGUGCUUUUGUCUUCUGUUCUCAGUCCUGGGCUGGCCAAAGCUUUAACAUACGAGGAAGCAUUAUCUGCAGGUACCUCCGCAGCAGGGGACUUUGAUGGAAAUGGUGUUGUAGAUGGUGUUAUUAGCUUUGCAACAGAGAACCCUGCAGUUGUAGCCGGUGGCGCUGCCAUUUUGGCUGUUCCGUUGAUAUUAUUUCAGCUUCUGAACAAGCCUAAGUCUUGGGGAGUUGAGUCUGCAAAAAGUGCUUAUGCAAAAUUGGGUGAUGAUCCUAAUACUCAGUUGCUUGACAUAAGAGCACCGGGGGAGUCUAGGAAAGUGGGUAGUCCGGAUAUCAGGGGUUUGGGAAAGAAGCCAGUUUCCAUUUUUUACAAAGGGGAAGAUAAACAAGGUUUCUUGAAGAGGCUUUCUUUAAAGUUCAAGGAACCAGAAAAUACCACAUUGUUCAUCCUGGACAAAUUUGAUGGAAACUCUGAACUGGUUGCGGAGUUGGUAACUGUAAACGGGUUCAAGGCUGCUUAUGCCAUAAAAGAUGGUGCAGAAGGACCCCGAGGAUGGGUGAAUAGCAGUCUUCCUUGGAUUUCACCACUUAAAGCAAGUCUUGAUCUUAGCAAUUUGACAGAUGCUAUUAGUGAUGCAAUUGGUGAAGGCUCAAGUGGCUUGACCGUUACCCUUGGGCUUGCUGCAACUGGAUUAGGUUUUUUGGCUUUUUCAGAGAUAGAAACAAUACUCCAAGUUUUAGGCUCAGCUGCAAUUAUUCAGCUUGUGAGCAAGAAACUCUUGUUUGCUGAGGACCGCAAGGAAACCAUCAAGCAAGUUGAUGAGUUCUUGAACACCAAGAUUGCUCCUAAAGAGCUUGUUGAUGAGAUAAAGCAAAUUGGAGUAGCUCUUCUACCAUCGUCUGGGACUAGCAAGGCUCUUCCAGCUCCUACAGAUGCAAGUCCAAAGCCUACUACUACUGAUAAUACUCCCCAAAAAGCUGAAGCUAUUGCCGAGCCAAAAGUAGAAGCAGCUGCAGAAAUAAACUCAGUUCCCAGAGCUGAAAUUAAAGCGGAAUCACUUCCUGGAUUUUCAAAACCACUUUCACCAUACCCUUAUUAUCCGGAUUUCAAGCCUCCAACAUCUCCUACACCAUCACAGCCCUAAAGUUGGGAUGCAUAGAUAUCUGCAAAGUUGCACAAUGGGGCAGUGAUUGGCAUGGAAUUUUCAAAGUACACUACGAGUUUGUGAAGCUUGUUCUCUCUCAUAUCAAAUUUUCAACAAGAACAUAAUGAGUUUGAAAAUCCAUCCGCAGUCCACUUGCAUCUCUUAGGCUACUUGAUAUAGUACUAUUUUGGUAGUUGCUGGAUCUUUCUUAGAUAUGAUUAUAGAAACAAGCAUUAGCACUGUUUUUGAAUUCUCUAUAAAUAAUUAAAUACAACUUCUUUC